UCGUGGGCAUUAUUCGAUGGGAGGGUCACGACUCACGAGCCAGCCGAGUCCAAGCGCCAGCCGGUGCAGGAUGGAUCGUGUGUUGUGUGCACUGGGGACUGAAAGUAAAAAAAACCGCCCCAACCUAGGGUCUCCACUCGGACCCAGAGAGUGUACUUGUAGAGAGGAAACGACGAACACACGGACAGGUCCUACGCCAGAGCCCGAGCCAGAGCCAAAGGCCAGAGCCAGAGCCAACGCCAACGCUAGGCUUGACUGGGGAGGGGAGAUGAGAGAGGAGAGGUCGGAGAGAAGAAUGCCUGAGAGCGGCGUCAAGGAUGGAGGAAGAAAUGGAAGACGAAGAGAAGAUUUGAAGAAUACAAUAAGAAGGCGAAAGACGAAAGACGAAGGCGAAGACGAAGGAGCCCUGACGAGGCCAAAGCCGAAGCCGUCGCUGCCUUCGCCUCCGCCGCCGCUUUGACACGAGUUUCUGGGUACGGAAUACUGAUUGUUCGCAGCAUUCCUGGCUUGUACGGAGUAAUAUAAUGUCAGGCUACUGUCUACGGAGGAGUACUCUGUGCAAUCUAUGAAGUCUACAAAGUGAAGAUAGUAUUAAUAUGUACUGUAUCCAGAAUCCAAGUGCUCGUAGUGUCU